AAAAAUGUCGCUGAAUGAAGUACUCUUGCUGUUUCUCUUCACCACCUUAACAACAAGUCAAAAUAAUUUCAACAACCAAGGAGUUGGAGACAACAGAAAUGAUGAUUGUUGUGAAGAUUACUGCUACGGAACAGAUGAGGAACCGUAUUUGAACUUCGCCACCAAAACUGCUUACGAUAAUCUCAAUCAUAGGAGGAGCGAAUCUCAACAUCUAAUACCAGAAUGCACUGCAGUACAGUUUUGGAGUUUGAUACGACAUGGAACCAGAUUACCUGAUGUCGAAGAAAUAAAGAAAUUGCGGGGCUUGAGUAGACUGCACGAAGAAAUCGCCAAAAACUACCAUGACAGAAGAUCGUAUCCAGAUAGGGGAAGGUUAUGUCCCAAGGAUUAUGAACUAUUCAUCAGAUGGCGCUUCAAUGACAGCAUUUCCGAGAGCAAAGCGAACUCCCUCACAAGUCAAGGCAUGGAAGACAUGAAGCAAUUAGCGAGACGAUUCAAAUGGAAGUACCCACAACUGUUUCAAAGUUAUGAUGAACGUUCUUAUAACUUUCAAUAUUCGAGUGAAGACAGAAGUCACGAUAGUUUUCAAGCAUACGCUGAAGGACUUUUUGGAAGUGACGCUUAUAGGAUUCAUUCCAAUACUAUCAAUGCCAAGGAUUUAACCAAGCCUAACGAGAAUUGUCCUAAGUGGUCAGAAAAUGUUGAUAACAACACAGCCGUAACAUCUGAAGCAGAAAGGUUCUUGCAGAAUUCCGAAUACAUGAAGAUGACUAGAGACGUUUUCAGAAGACUGGGAUUCAGAUAUUCACUAAAUGCUACCGUCAUACGUGAUAUUUACGACUUGUGUCGUUACGAAAAAGCUUGGAUUGUUCAAGAACGUUCACCAUGGUGUGUCGCCUUCAAUAAGGAUCAACUGAAAUUACUAGAAUACGCUGAGGAUUUGAAAUACUAUUACAAAUUUGGUUACGGAAAUCAACUGAGCAAUAGAGUAGGAUGUGCUCCUGUGAAGGAUAUGUAUGAACGAUUUGAAAAGACCGUCAAUGGAAAUUCCGAUGGAACUAAGGGUACCUUCCUGUUCACUAGUACGGCCACAAUUCAGACAGUGCUGACAACUUUAGGAAUCGGCAAAGAUUUCACUCCACUUACUGCGGAUAACUAUCAUCAACAAAGUAAAAGAAACUGGAGAACCUCUUUACUGAACCCCUUUGCUGCUAAUCUGGCCGCUGUGUUAUAUGAAUGUAGAAGUGGAGAGAAGCAUAGGGUGAUGUUCUUCUUGAACGAGAAUCCAGUCGAGUUGUCUGACUGCUCGGUCGGUCUCUGCACCUGGUCUACAGUGCAACAGAAAAUCCAGAAUACCGCCAACAACUGCAACCUUCAAGAUUUCUGCAAUGGGAAUUCGAGUGCAAUGAAGUAUUUCAAUCAUGCUUUGCUCUUCGUGAUGUUCGUUGUUUUCAAGAGUUACCCAGACAACACAAGUGAAUCCAUUGGACAACCAAUGGAUGUCCAGCUAUGGAUACCCUGGACAUCCAUUGGAUGGACGGCAUUGUCCAGUAUUUGUCCAAUGGACAUCCAUUGGAUAAUACAUGUCCAACAGUUUGGACAUACAUUGGAAGUCCAUUGGCUUUCCAUUAGACAUCUGAUGGAUUCCCAUUGGACAUCCAAUAUUUGUCCUUUCCAUUGGAAGUCUAUUGAAUACUCAUCAGACAUCCAAUGGAUUCCCAAUGAAGAUCCAUUGGGUGUAGCCCUUGAUAUAAUUGCUUCAUACCUGGGAAAUCGAGAUCAGAGAGUUAUGAUAGGAAAUGAGCUAAGUGGACCCCAACAGAUAAUUAGAGGUGUACCCCAAGGAACGGUGUUGGGUCCUCUGCUAUUUCUAAUAUACAUAAAUGACUUACCAAAUGUUUUCCAGAAUAAAAAAAUAGGUACUGUUCUAUAUGCGGAUGACGCCACUUUUGGUAUUAAUGUACAAAGAGGAGAGGACCCAACAACUAUCCAGAAGGAAAUAUUAGAAUCUGCAAGAUCAUGGUUCGUCCCAAAUCAAUUAGUUCUGAACGAGAAAAAAACUAAGACACUAGUAUUUGAAUCCAGAAUAACUAAAAUCGAUGACAUCCGCAAUGAAGAUACUUACACAAAAUUUUUAGGGUUAAACAUUGAUGUCGUGAGGCUCAUGUGGAGUACCCAUAUAACACAAUUAUGCAGCAGAUUAAAUUCUGCGAUCUAUGCUAUAAAAAAAGUGAGACAAUGUAUAAGCAAGUCAGCUGCCAUAAUGACCUACUAUUCCAUUUUUGAAUCUACCCUCAGGUAUGGAUUAAAUGUCUGGUGCUCAGCUUCCCAAGUACAUCUACAUAAACUUUUCUUGGCACAAAAAUAUGCCAUUAGGAGCAGAUCGCUUCACGUGGUGGUGCACGGUGUAUCAUCUGAUACCAUUGGCAUCAUUUCCGGCGUUCCACAAAGAUCAAUUUUGGCACCAACAUUAUACUUUCUUUAUAUCAAUGAUCGGUUGGGAGUAACAAAUUUCCCCAUCCACAGUUUUGCAGAUGAUGGUACCCUCCAUACUGCGUUUUCUUCCAGAAUUCCCAUUUCUUCCCAGGAAACUAAGAACUCACGGCGCAGGCAGGUCAGUGCUGUCAAUGAAGACUUUGCUGAAAUCACAGCCUGGGGACUCAACAACCUAGUUGAUUUCAGUGCAUACCUGUAA